ACACAUUUUCGUUUCAGCUUGCGACGACCCUCGACUCAAAAUGUAUAACUAACCAUAUACUAUUAAUGAAUUAAUCAAUCUGGGAUACAACGGCUACAAUUGUCACCUUUUAGAAAUAGUUUUCCUACCCCUUUCUUCUCGAUACUCGUGCGCAUGGAUAACUGUUGUGCUCAGGCUGUGGUGAAUGAGAUUGAACAAGAGUUCUUGUUUUGUAUCUCAGUUUCUCUCUUUUUGCACAAAUUGAAUUUAAACAAAUACUACGGAGAUCUCAGACUAAUCAAUGGAGGAUAUUUGAACAUUCACAUCAAUUGUAUCGGUAGAGAGUACUGGGUUGUUUGUAAAUAUUUCAUUAAUAUCUGUGGAGAGGACUGCUGCUGUUCAUGUGAGUGAAGGUCAUUGGCUGCAGAGAACUGGAAGGAAAGGCGGCCAAAGGAGGCGUUGGCUUUGGGGAUGACCAGUGACCAGUGCUGGAGCGCGUGCUACGGGCUGAACGUUCCCCCGGACUGACUGGCACACUGACUGGCUCAAUAAUGGAAUUACAAACAUUACAGGAGGCCUUGAAAGUGGAAAUACAAGUCCAUCAGAAACUGGUCACCCAGAUGAAACAGGACCCCCAGAAUGCUGAUCUGAAGAAGCAGCUCCACGAACUUCAGGCGAAGAUCACAGCGCUUAGCGAGAAGCAGAAAAGCGUUGUGGAGCAGCUGAGGAAGGACCUCCUGGUGAAACAGGAGCCAGAGGUGAUGGUGCAGGUGCCGGCUGCAGACAAACACGUCCUCCAGAUCCCCUCCUCUGCCACUCUGCUGGCACUACAACAGACCACACACACCCAGGCCCUGCAGCAGAAGAUGCUGGCAGUCACCCCAGUCAUCACCACUAAGUCUCUACCUCUAGUGCUGAAAGCUGCCACUCCCACCAUGCCUGCCUCUGUCAUGGUUCAGCCCCCCUCCAUGGUCACUGCCAUCAGCCACACCUCCAAGCCCGGUGCCAUCAUCUCUGACAACUCCAACUUCCGAAACAUACCAGUCAACCUCCAGGUGGCCAGCAAGUUGACCAAUCAGGGUUCAGAGUCCGUGCGUCUGGUGUCAAAGAAUUCAGUUGUGGUCCGGGCGAAGCCCAACAGCGUGCCCAUUGCCCCAGCGCCCCUUCGGCCCAUGAUGACGGCGCUCCAGCUGCUCCAGCGGGGCCCGGUGAUGCUGACCAACAAGCUGAGCCCCUCCUCGCUGCCCUCCAGCGCCGGGCUCAUCCACCAGGUGCGCAUCAUCAAUGGUCAGCCCUGCGCUGCCAAGAGCGGCCAGCCCACAGGCAUGUUGACGGGCAUUGUCAUCACGGCCCCGGCAUCGGUGCAGACACUGCAAAUCAGCGGCCUAACCCCCGACACCAAGACUGUUAAAGCACGGGGGGGAUUGGGGCAGAAGAUGUUGGUGAGCAGGACCCCUCCUCUGUCUCCAGCACCGAGACUAAAGAGAGAGGACAAUCCUCAGAAACUUGCCUUCAUGGUGUCCCUCGGACUUGUUACCCAUGACCGUUUGGAAGAAAUUCAGAGGAGGAGGCAGGAGCGUAAGCGAAGAACAACGGCCAAUCCGGUGUACAGUGGAGCUGUGUUUGAGCCUGAGAGGAAGAAGAGUGCAGUGACCUACCUAAACACUCCGCUCCACCAGGGCACCAGGAAAAGAGGUUGCCCUCCCAAAUACAGCAGCGAUCCGAAGCUGGGCAGCCACACCCCGACCUCCCCCUCCAGCUGUCUCACUGCCUCCCCGGCACCCGAGUGGCCCAACACAGGGGGGAGCUUCCCCUUCCAUGUCCAUCCCCACCACACUCUCCCCCUGCCCAGCCCCAGCUCUGGGGAUGGAGACAUCCAUGAGGAUUUCUGCACUGUGUGCAGACGCAGUGGCCAGUUGCUCAUGUGUGACACAUGCUCACGUGUCUAUCACCUGGACUGCCUGGACCCACCCCUGAAAACCAUUCCCAAAGGCAUGUGGAUCUGUCCCAAAUGUCAAGAGCAGAUUUUGAAAAAAGAAGAUUCAAUUCAAUGGCCAGGAACAUUAGCUAUUGUUCAUUCCUAUAUCGCCUAUAAAGAAGCUAAGGAAGAGGAGAAACAAAAACUAAUGAAGUGGAGUGCUGAACUGAAACUGGAGCGAGAACAGUUGGAACAAGGGGUCAAACAACUCAGUAACUCCAUAACGGAAUGCAUGGAGACCAAAAACACCAUCAUGUCUCGACAGAACGAAAUGCAAGUUUCGUUGGAGAAGGUCAAACACUUAGUCCGCCUCAUUCAGGCUUUCCAUUUCAGUCAAACCGUGGAGACCGAGGGUACAGGUGCCUUCACAAAAGACAUCACAGAAGACAUCAGGGCCAAGGAUGCAAUUGUCCCAACUGAAAAUGCAGUAGACACCAUUAACACCCAUGCUGUAGCAGAAGUCCAUAUCCAGUCUGUGGAUGGGGUAAAGGCCGAGGUCACAGCACUGAACAGCACCAAUGUUGAAGCCGGGACGAGGGUUGUUGUAGCUCAUGUUGCCACAGACAAGGUAGCAGGAGUCAGUGCUGAGGCUGCUGUUGACAUCUGCGUUGAGCCUGCUGCCGAGGUCUACACUGAGACUGCAGUGGGCAGCAGUGUUGAACCUGUGGCUGAGUUUAAUAACGCUGAGGAAGUGACGGAAGCCACUGCAGUAGUCGGUGCAGUGAACUUUACAGUGGCCACAAACAAUGCUACCACUGACCUUGUGUGUACUGACAUGAGCAUGGAUGAGAGCUGUACUAACAACCCUCACACCAUAACUGAGAAUAAGGUCACCACCACGAGCAGCACAGAGGAGGUGAUAGAAGAGGAACAGGAAGAGAACAAAAACAUUGACAACAGCAGCACCAACAACAGCAAAACCUCAGAACCUUCCCAGCAAUCUUUGCAAGCUCUUCUCGACAGUUUGGACAAUAAAGACUAACACUCCAUCUCUUGGAUUGAAAACCCCCAACAUAAAAAAAGAAGUCUUUAGCUUUCACUUUUGAAAGAUAACUGAAAUUGCCAAUCUAUAUACAUACUUGAUUCCAAUGUAUAUUCAGACUGUGUAAAUAGUAGAUCUACAGCCCAAGUCUGAGAUUGCUAUUGGAUGCUGUAGGUUAUUAUACCACAAACAUGGGUGAAAGGGUGGCUUGUGUACCAGUGUCAUGCCAAUUUAAGGAUAGAAAAGAACAGUAGUAAUGGUAAAAGUAAGAUAAUUCACACCAGUGUGUGCCUGCAACAGUUCCCCUCAGAACUCUCAUAGGGGUUUGUAUCUUAGAUUAUCUUCUGUUCCUGGGGAUGCAGGUUAGAGAUGUCUAAAGACUGCGUGCUGAACAGAGACCAUGUUUCUACGGCAUUAACUGAGAACAAAAUAAAACCAAAAGAUAAGCGAAACAGCUGAGGGACAGGGCUUUGAAAAAGUGUCAGUAUUUGUUAACAGUGGGGAAACAUUGAGGUGUUUGAUCGUCAUUGAAAAUCAAAUAGGAGAGCCUUCAGUUAUCCCAAUACCUUCCUCCCCUUUCCCCAUUCUCACUCUUACAUGACCGAUAACUAUGGACCCAUUUACACAAAACCUCAGGCAAAAAAAGAAGAAAGUAAAGCAGCAUCCACGUGCUUUGGAAGUAUGAGGCAAACUGCUUAUAGAGCUGGCUGGUUAGGGCCUUGCUGAGGAAGACCCAGGUAACAAAGACGGUCAUCUCAAGAUAGAGUGGAGUCAGAUCACGGUAUCAUGGUAUCUUAAUGUUUUAAAAUGGUGUAGAUCCAGUGCAGUAAUUGAGUUAAAUUUGUGAGUCAGUGUCAACUGUGAGCACUAAAUGUGAAAUUGCAAUAUUAUUGCAUUGUCAAAAACAAACACGCAAAAAUAUAUCUGCAGUGUGUUUCUUUUAUAGGAUAAGAUAUUCAUUCAGGUCUUCCUAGUCUUCAAAAGUAAGUGCAUUUCUGUUGCAUAAAACAGUUGUUUGUUAAUAAAUGUUUUUAACUGGCAUAGUUUAUGCAUUUAAUGAUCUUUUAAUAGAGGUGACCUUUGCAUAUUAUGAAAUGUACGUUUUUGUUUAAUUCUGAACUGCCAAAAUGCUGUUGUAUCCAACUAUAGCAGGGACAUGUCCACUAACUGUAUGGAAAGAUAAAGAACGAAAUGUAUUAUUCAAUACCAUCUGGGGAAUUGGCAACCCCUGGUAAAUAAGUGCUUAUUCAACAAUCUCAUCAAAAUAUCUUUAUUUUCUGGAAACUGGAGGGUUUGUUGUUUCAGUCCAUUUUGGUGAUUAAAGCACAAGCUUGCUGUAUAACAAAUAAGUGCUGAAAAGCUUUUUCGUAUGGAACAAAACAGAUUAUGCAUUUUGUUUGUUGUCAUGUAAUUUAGUCCCAACAAAAUAUUUUUGUAUGACCCAACUGAUCUUUGAGAGUGAGUCUUAGGCCUUGUCCAGGAGAAAUGUUCCCUCUCUUCUACCGCUGGAACAUGCUUGGAUAAGAGAUUUGACCAACAACCCUAUCCCCAAAAACUCAAUAGAUUUGAGCUUCCUCUGUUUUUUUUUGUAAUGCUCCAUCAACAUAAAGUCAGCAAAAAAAGAAACGUCCUCUCACUGUCAACUGCGUUUAUUUUCAGCAAACUUAACAUGUGUAAAUAUUUGUUUGAACAUAACAAGAUUCAACAACUGAGACAUAAACUGCACAAGUUCCACCUACAUAAUGUGUCCCUGAACAAAGGGGGGGUCAAAAUCAAAAGUAACAGUCAGUACCAGCUGCAUUCAGUACUACAGUGCAUCUCCUCCUCAUGGACUGCACCAGAUUUGCCAGUUCUUGCUGUGAGAUGUUACCCCACUCUUCCACCAUGGCAACUGCAAGUUCCCAGACAAUUCUGGAGGGAAUGGCCCUAGCCCUCACCCUCCAUUCCAACAGGUCCCAGACGUGCUCAAUGGGAUUGAGAUCCGGGCUCUUUGCUGGCCAUGGCAGAACACUGACAUUCCUGUCUUGCAGGAAAUCACGCACAGAACGAGCAGUAUGGCUGGUGGCAUUGUCAUGCUGGAGGGUCAUGUCAGGAUGAGCCUGCAGGAAGGGUACCACAUAAAGGAGGAGGUUGUCUUCCCUGUAAUGCGUUGAGAUUGCCUGCAAUGACAACAAGCUCAGUCUGAUGAUGCUGUGACACACCGCCCCAGAUCAUGACGGACCCUCCAACUCCAAAUGUAGGCGUCUCACAGUACGGACAUUGCAAUUUAUUGCCCUGGCCACAUCUGCAGUCCUCAUGCCUCUUUGCAGCAUGCCUAAGGCACGUUCACGCAGAUGAGCAGGGACCCUGGGCAUCUUUCUUUUGGUGAAGUUAUUUGGAUUUUUACUAAUUGUCUUUGAAAGACAGGGUCCUGAAAAGGGGAUGUUUGUUUUUUUGCUGAGUUUAUUUGUCUGUUUUAUAAUUUGUUGGGCCAAUACCCAGGUUUUUUCCAUUUUUUGACCAAGUCGAUCAUGAAUUUCACCAGACUGUUCAUAAACAUUUGUGGUUGGGACCAUUCAGAAGAUCUAUGAAGAAUAUUUUUUGAGCGAGCCUCAGGUCUUCUCAAUUUAAAUUAAAAAUAAAAUAAAAAUGUUUAUGCUAUACUGUUGCAUUAUAUAAAGUGCAAAGAGGGCAACAUGGAGUUAGGUCUUAAAUGAUUUACACCCUUGAUAAAGAUUAGCAAAAAUGACUGUAAAAUAAAUAAUUAAAAUACUUAGCUAUAUUGUACACAACAAAAUGGGGAAAUUAUAUUAUUUUAUACAAUUGCUAAUACAAUUGCUCAGAAAGAUUUUGUUUUAGCAAGUAAUCUUUUUUUCUCAAAGGUGGGGGGUCAAAAUUAUUGACACCCCUAUUGUCAAUAGCAUUUUAAUACCUCACCUUGUGAGGAUAAUGGCACUGAGCCUUUUUAUAAAAUGUUUCAUGAGUUGGAGAACACACUUGGAGGGAUCUAAAACCAUUCGUCCAUUCAGAGUCCUUCCAAAUCCUCCUGGCAGAGGAAACCAGGUUUUGGCUCAAAUGUCCUGAUGCUGGGUAAAGUUCAUGAUGCCGUUGACCUUAACAAGCGCCCCAGGACCUGUGGAAGCAAAAUAGCUACAUAACAUAAAAUAUUCCCUACCAUAUUUUAUAAUAGUCUUUUCUGCUCAUGCAUUCUAAUUUCAACACCAAACCCACCACUGUGUGCGGCCAAAGAGCUAUAUUUUCAUGUCUUUACCCAGUACCAGGACAUUUUAGCCAAAACCUGGUUGCCUCUGCCAGGAGGUUGAAACUUGGCCGCAAGUGGAUCUUUCAGCAAGACAAUAACCCCAAGCACACUCCUGAAUUUAUUGACCACAAAAAUCAACAUUUUGAAAUGGCCAUCUCAGUUUCCGGACUUGAAUCCCAUUGAAAACCUGUAUAUGAAUUGACGAGAGCAGAUCACUCACUACCUUUGAGGGGAAAAAAUAUUACUUGUUAAACAAAAUCUCUGUCACUGAGCAAUUUGUAUUCGUAUGAAAUCAUGUAAUUUCCUUAAUUUUUUGAGCAUACAAUGUAGCUCAGUAUUUGAAUUAUUUAUUUUAUACAGUGAUUUUUGCUCAUCUUUAUCAAGGGUGUCAAUAAUUUCAGACCCCACUGUUCAUCAUGUUUACUUCAAUCCAUGACCAAUUGACAUAUCUUUGGAGAAUGUUUGCUGUUUAAAUAACAGGGACUUGAAAUAAUUUAACAAAUAUAUGACAUUCAAGGGACGACGUCUUCUUAACAUUGCAAUUUUUUUAAAUAGUUAGCUAUAUAAUAAAUAGCAUCUAUAUUUUCUCCUCUAAGUUGUUAUAGAGAUUCAUUUUUUCUAUUUCUUUUAACCCAUCUUAAUGUACAAGGAAAAUGGAUAGUUUGACAAAGAUAUGCAAUCAACUGCAAUGGCUAUACUGUCUUGUACUUCCUCAUAGAUUGAAUGAAAGGGGUUCUUUGCCUUGUGAGUCUUACACGGUACUCGUAAGGACAUAUCUACAUCAAGACUGUACAAAAUUGAUUUCCUGGGUGUCCCAUGUUUUUCACACUGUGUCCCUUGAAUACAACAAAAUAUUCAGACAUUGUCUGUAAAGCCUGAACGUAUGUUACAGAGCAACUUGAUCUUUCCCCUUUUUAGGUACCUCAGGUGCCUUUCUUCCAACAGCAUAUUUUGUCUCUUGACUUGCACUGUGACUUGUAUUAUUACCUUACUACACAAACACACUGGUCUAUUUCUUGUCCUAUGUUAUUCCCAUGUGAUUUUAUAUCCACCCACAAAACUCAAGAAUCUUCAGCAAAUAUAUGUAUCUGAAAUAUAGAGCACAAUUGAAUCAGCAUAUGGAAAAUAACUUUGGGCUUUAAGUUAAGUACGUGGAGUUGACUUUGUUUCAGGCUAUUGGAUAUGUUUGUUUUUUCUACAAGUAGUCUGUAUAGCAGCUGCCUUAAAUGUAUUUUUGUAAUGUAUUUUUUGUCCUUAAAAGGUCAAUUCAAUUUAUUUGGAAUGAUCUGUAUUGGGGAACACCUGUAAAAUGAAUGGGCAAAUCUCUGUGGUUUCUGCAUAGAUGUACACCACUCAGUAGUUUGUUCAAAUGUCACAGGAACUGGUAGGAUAUUUGUGAAGGAUUAUUCAAAAACUCUUAAACAGGUGUGACUUUUAGAAUGUUUUUUUUUUGUGAUGCACUUUUGGUUGAAUUCCCAGACUAAAAUAUGUGAUGUGUGUAUAUAAUAUGAAAUAGAAAUCUGGAUAAUAUCCUUUUACCCUGAAUUUACCUCUCUAUUGUUGAGAUUCUACAUAGGCAUGUUGUGGUAGUCUAGUCUCCUCAGCAUUAAAACUCAGUCAGGACAGCGCCAGUGAUCAUUAUUUGUCCCCUACUUGUGCACCUUUUUUAUUUUCUCACCCAUUCUUUUGUCUCUGUCUUGCCGUAAGCUUGAUAAUAUCAGGUCAUAUGAAUUGAGCCUUGGCCUGUGUGCGUUUGAACAAAUGAAACAGCACCCUGAUUGGAUAGACUUCUUGAAGGUCUAGUGCAGUCAAAAAUGUGAUUUUCCUGUGUUUUAUAAAUAUUUCCAGUAUGAUGUUGGAAUAAUACUAUGAAAAUGAUAGUGACAUUUUAGUGUAAGAGCUGUUUGAAAAGACAGCCUGAAAUUUCAUCCUGCCUGGUGACAUCACUAGGCGGUAAAGUUAAUAGACAAUAAGGAAGUUUCAAACCUCUGCCAAUAAUAGCUAGUUUUCCCUGUCCGACUCAGACCACUCCCAGACAGUCCUACCAAAAGUCUUGCAUGAGAAAUUGCUCUUUGCUAAGAAAUUAUUUUAUUUAUUGCUGAGCAUUUUAAUUGAAAACAAUCACAGUAAGGUACUUAAUUGUUACCUUGAAAUGAUUUGAUAUUGAGACAACUGCUGCAUUGGACUUUUUUUAUUAAGGGCAAAUCAGCAGUUGAAACAAUAACAAAGCGUUUUCCAGCCACUGUUUUGGUAAAAAUCCGAGGGAUGGAGCUGGAAAAAGUAACCACUCUAAAAUGAAUAGACAGAGCUAUGGAUGCCAGGACUGACCAUCCAUGAUAUCAAAAUUGUAGUUUUAAUGUUUUGAGGCUUUACAGUGUUUAUUUUACUUUGUUUACAAACAUUGGAGUAAAACAAGUUUAUUUUGGGUUCUGAUGGGGAACGACAGUUGAACUAAGCUCAGUAGGCAUUUACUUUCUAAGUUAUAUUCUUCAAGAAUCAACGGGUACAUAUCAUUAAUUUAUAAGUUAAAAAAUGGAUGUAGCAACUUCUGAUUGCCCAUUUAAACCCCCUUAGCAGCAGCUUUCCAAUCAUUCCAACAGAAAUUAUGCCAUCUUAUGCAAGUUUUUUUUAUACAAAUGUUUGUCAAACUUUUUUAAUACACAUUACCUUUGGUUUUUAUGUGAAAUUAGUCACUUUUCUUUUUCCAUUCUGGCAACAUGAUUCCAUAACUAUAGUAUACAGUGAAUGGAUGUCUCAGUAUAACAAAAUUGAAGCUUUUCUUACAAAUAAACACCAUUUUGUAUGGCAUCUCUGGCAAAAAUGUUAUUGCUUAAAUAUAAGGCCCAGGGGGGUGUGCUAUAUGGCCAAUAUACCACGUCUAAGGACCAUUCUUAUUCAUGACACAACGCAGAGUGCCUGGAUAUACAGCCCUUAGCCGUGGUAUAUUGGCCAUAUACCAUAAACCCCUGAGGUAACUUAUUGCUAUAACAGUUGAAGUCGGAAGUUUACAUACACUUAGGUUGGAGUCAUUAAAACUUGUUUUUCAACCACUCCACAAAUUUCUUGUUCACAAAAUAUAGUUUUGGCAAGUCGGUUAGGACAUCUACUUUGUGCGUGACACAAGUCAUUUUUCCAACAAUUGUUUACAGACAGAUUAUUUCACGUAUCAUUCACUGUAUCACAAUUCCAUUGGGUCAGAAGUUUACAUACACUAAGUUGACUGUGGCUUUAAACAGCUUGGAAAAUUCUAGAAAAUUAUGUCAUGGCUUUAGAAGCUUCUGAUGGAUGUAUUUCAUGGCCUACCUUUCAACUCAGUGCCUCUCUGCUUGACAUUAUGGGAAAAUCAAAAGAAAUCAGUCAAGACCUCAGAAAAAAAUUGUACACCUCCACAAGUCUGGUUCAUCCUUGGGAGAAUUUCCAAACGCCUGGAGGUACCAUGUUCAUCUGUACAAACAAUAGAAUGCAAGUAUAAACACCAUGGGACCAUGCAGCCAUCACACCGCUCUGGAAGGAGAUGUGUUCUGUCUCCUAGAGUUGAAUGUACUUUGGUGUAUGAAAAGUGCAAAUAAAUCCCAGAACAACAGCAAAGGACCUUGUGAACAUGCUGGGGGAAACGGGUACAAAAGUAUCUAUAUCCACAGUAAAACGAGUCCUGUAUUGACAUAACCUGAAAGGCCGCUCAGCAAGGAAGAAGCCACUGCUCCAAAACCGCCAUGAAAAAGCCAGACUACAGUUUGCAACUGCACAUGGGGACAAAGAUUGUACUUUUUGGAGAAAUGUCCUCUGGUCUGAUGAAACAAAAAUGAAACUGUUUGGCCAUAAUGACCAUCAUUAUGUUUGGAGGGAAAAGGGGGUGGCUUAGAAGCCGAAGAACACCAUUCCAACCGUGAAGCACUGGGGUGGCAGCACCAUGUUGUGGGGGUGCUUUUGUUGCAGGAGGGACUGGUGGACUUCACAAAAUAGAUGGAAUCAUGAGGGAGGGAAAUUAUGUGGAUAUAUUGAAGCAACAUCUUAAGACAUUAGUCAGGAAGUUAAAGCUUGGUCACAAAUGGGUCUUCCAAAUGGACAAUGACCCCAAGCAUACUUCCAAAGUUGUGGUAAAAUGGCUUAAGGACAACAAAGUCAAGGUAGUGGAGUGGCCAUCACAAAGCCCUGACCUUAAUCCAUAGAAGUUAUGUGGGCAGAACUGAAAAAGUGUGUGUGAGCAAGGUGGCCUACAAACCUGACUGUUACACCAGCUCUGUCAGGAGGAAUGAGGCAAAAUUCACCCAAGUUAUUGUGGGAAGCUUGUGGAAGGCUACCCAAAACAUUUGACCCAAGCUAAACAAUUUAAAGGCAAUGCUACCAAAAACUAAUUGAGUGUAAUGUACAGUUCUGACCCACUGGGAAUGUGAUAAAAGUUUAAAUAAAUCAUUAAUCAGAGAUUCUACAGAUUGGUGUCUUUUUAAAUGGCCCAAUGUAUACAUAAAGGAGAUAAGUCUCAUCAGUUCUCAGACCAGCUAAGAUUAGUCACUCCACUUAAUUCUCAUCCCAUAAAAUAAUUCGCAACUUUCAAUUGGAUCAAAUGAAGAAAGUGUAGAACACUCUUGUAAUCCUAUUUUUUUGUCACUGUGAGAACCUUGCAGAAAGAAGGGAGCAUUCUAGAAUGAUAGCCUCUCUUUACUGAUCAGUGUGCACCUUGUCAGGUUGUGUGUUUUGUUAGCUUCUACUGUAAGGAUAUUGAGAUCUUGGAUUUGCAAUUAUGGUUGAAUAUCCUCUGUGAGGCGUCUCACAAUGGAGUCUGAUGAAUGACAGGAAUUGUGAAACUGAGUUGAAAUGUAUUUGGCUAAGGUGUAUGUAAACUUCCUACUUCAACUGUAUAAACUGGUAACCAACGUAAUUAGAACAGUAAAAAAUACAUGUUUUGUCAUACCUGUGGUAUACAGUCUGAUAUACUAUGGCUUUCAGACAAUCAGCAUUCAGGGCUCAAACCACCCAGUUCAUAAUUGGAAUUAUCUAAUGGCAGAGGAUUUUAAUGCCGUGAACUAUGAAGUCUCUGUGCAAUUGGACCAUUCUUUUGAUUCAAUUUCUGCCUUCACUAAUGCACCAUGCCUAAUGUUAUUGUUACUUUGGGACAGUGAGUGCAAAAUUCAGUACACUGUCCUGUAAAAAAAUCUAUAAAUAUAAAUAAUAAUUUACACAUUAAUUUAAAGUACUAAGCUCUAAAACCAAUAUACCAAAAGCAAAUGUGCAUUUAUAUUUGGAAGCCCUUAUAUGCAUUUAAUAAAUAUCACUCCUCAAAAACGGUUAAUUUCUGCUUCAGUACAAUGUAUAAGUUCACAGGUGUGAAAGAAAAAGCAUUUGGCAGCUGAGACUCACUCAGAUGUAUGUUAUUGGGCUUGUGGGUUUUACAGUGGAAGUAGUAUAUUUUAUGCAUAACAAUGGUAUUUCCAGUUCAUUCUAGAGUAGCUCACUUAUACAUUCUCACCAGUGCAUUAUAUAUUCUGUCAAUGGCUUUUUAAUAUAGUCUAGAUUUUUUUGUUCGUAUGGUAUACCAAAUCAUGAUUGUGGCCUUCUAGUAUUGUUGAUGCAUUUCAUCAUCCAUAAUACUUAUAAUUCAUAUGUUUUGACUUCCCUAUUGUUGUAACACCUUGAGAGUCUUACCUCAUCCACUGUAAAUUAAAUUGGAGGAGUUUCUUCUUUAAGAAUGCGAAAAAGUAUAAUAAUAAAAAAACUACAUUUGGUGAAAGAUGAUGCAUUGUAGCGAUACAAAUAAAAGGUUCACCUGGUGUGCUGAAUUGUGUAAAUUGUUAAUUACACAAAACGAAAUAUUUGUAAAAUGUUUGUAUUUUUCAUAAUUUUAAAAGGAGUUUUUAUUUUUUUGACAUCUCUUCUGUUACAGAUCUCUCAUUUGUUUGUUCACCUGACAUUGUGAUUGAUCUGGUGUGUUUCUUAUCUCUCUCCUGUAUUGAGCCUCUUCUGUGAUUAGUUAUUUGUAUGCAUUGUUUAGAAAAUACUAUAGGGAAUAUGGGAAGAAGUUGAUAUUAGGAAAAUUUGAUCAAUUUGUAUUUAUUUAUUUUAUCAUUUUGUUAAUAAAUUGUCAAAAGCAA